AUGUGUUGCUACUGUGUUUGUUGUACGGUUUCUGACUUCAUACUGUAUAUUAUUGCGCUUUUUUUCCCCCCAGUUGCGGUCCUUUUUCGAUCUGGGCCUUUUUCAUCUGAUUUCCUGUUGAAUGUGCUGCUGACACUACUGGGGUUUUUGCCUGGUAUGCUGCACGCAUUCUACUACAUCACGAUUACGAGUCCCUUAAGGAACGCCGAAUACGUCUACUAUUACCAGCAAGGCUGGGUAGAUAGUGAAAGAAACGUCCCCUCAAAUCGUCCUCAAGACUCAGAGACCUUCCAAAACCGUUCUCAGCAAGGAAGCUCUGCUAGAAACGUGUACCCGAGCGUUGAAACUCCUCUGUUACAAGGUGCAGCUCCCCAGGACAACAAACAGUCUACCGUGGAAUCUCCUCCUCCUUAUGUGCCAUGA